GAGGAGACAUGCUGUGAAGAUGAUGACACUGGUGUGGAUUACAGUGAUGCUUUUUAAUAAAUUUGCAAAUUCUGCACAGAGAAACCGCAUCAAUCAGCCGAACCCAAUGAUCACUGCUGAUGUGGGUGAUAAUGUGACUCUGCACUGCUUUCGACUGGGUGAGGAAAAUACUGAAGCCAUCAUUUGGUACAAGCAAAAAGUAGGAAAUGAGCCUUGUGUAAUGGUCACAGUUCAUCUUGAUCCCACUUACGAAGAUGAAUUCAAGCCACCAAAAUUCAGCAUUGAGAAAGAAAAAAGGAGCUGCCAUUUAAAAAUCGCCAAAGUGGAACCAUCAGAUGAAGCCAUGUAUUACUGUGGCACUCUAAACUACAGAAAAGAGUUUGGAACAGGAACUUUUUUAUCAGUGAAAGGUAAACCAGAUUUAAGCGUCUCAGUGUUCCAGAGCGGCGUGUCGGACUCGGUUCCUGCAGGAGCGUCAGUGACUCUGCACUGCUCGGUUCUCUCUGAGAGCAGAUCAGCAGAACUCCAAGUGCUCUGGUUCAGAGUUGCUCCACCACAUUCCCAUCCUCAAAUCAUUUACACUCAUCAUAACAGCAGCCAUCAGUGUGAGAGCAGCUCUUCUACACACACCUGUGUGUACAACUUCUCCAAGAACAUCCUCAGCCUCAAUGAUACUGGAACUUACUACUGCGCUGUGGCCAUGUGUGGGAAGAUCAUUUUCGGGAACGGGUCACAAAUACAGUUGGAGAGAUCUGUGAACCCUGUACUGAUCUACCUCACUGUAGCUUUGGGAGUAUGUGUGGUCGUGAUCUUUGCUUUGAUCUUUGUCAUAACCUGUGAAGGGAGACACUGUAAACAACGCAGUGUGAGACUCAAACAAGGUUCUCUGACAGACAAGACGCUCGAUCAGGACUGUGACAUUGUGGAGCUGAAUUACGCUGCCUUACAUUUCAAUGAGAGGAGAGCCAAACGAGGACGAGUGAAGAAACAACAACCUCAAGAUAUUAUAUAUUCUGAUGUGCGACGUCCUUCUGUAACUUAGAUUUGAUCUCUAAUCUGAUUCAAUGUCAUUUGUUCUGUUAUCAGGUAUUAGAUGUGUUUUGUUAAUGAUUGUUCCGACUGAAUUUAAACUGAAAGCUGAAUGAUAUUGAAUUCUCAAAAUCACUGAAACUGGUUCUGUCAAGGAGUGACAUGAGUUUAAGACAUUGUUAUGGGUGUGUGUGUUUGUGGGGGGGGGGCAUAAAAUAUUAUACUCUAAUGACUCUAA